AUGGUUAAUCCCCCGGCUAGCUGUGCUAAAACAUUUUACUGGCCACAUAUAUUACUGAUAGCUGACUUUCUAAAAGGUUUGCCAUCUCAUGAUGAAAAUAAUUUUACCAAGUUUCACACAGACUCCAGCUGUAAAGUAGGAGUUAGGAAGCCAGGGGUGUAUAUUUCCACUAAAGAUUUUCCAUCAGAUCAAGUAAUCACCACAGAAAAGACCAAUAUCCUGCUUCGAUAUCUACAUCAACAGUGGAAUAAGAAGAAUGUCAGUAAGAAAAGGGAUUCCAGUAAAGCCAGUCUAGAUUCGUCUGAAGCUACAAAUUCUCCUUCAACCAAAAUGCCACGCUUAAAUUCUCAGGAUGAGGGUUCCUAAUAGAUGAUGUAUUUGUGUGACUGGCCAAUCACAGCAUUUCUUACAAAUCCACCAGUUCUUGGAUGUCAUAGAAGUGGGAAAGCUGACAUAUUGUAGCUGCAAAGCUUCUCAUUGGCUGAUUUUUCAGAGAAGAAUUAUAAUUUUAUGGAGACAUGGUUGACAAAAAGUUGCCAUGAUGCUUUUUAUUUUAUUUUGAUAAUUGUAAAUAUAUCCAUUAUGUAUACAACUUGUAGUUUACAGAUUUUUUUAUGAAUCAAUUGAUGUCAGUGAUGUAAUUAGUUGACUCAUUAUAUUGACACCUUCUCUGAGUAUUGUACAACUUAAGUCUUUAAAUAGUAGAAAAUCAAACUAUUGCCAUCCAAUGAGUAAGGAGUUGCUGUUUUGGUAGGAUGUGGUAAAAUGUUUUACAGACAGGGCAUUUUUUGGGGGGUACAGAUAGGUUUUGUUUGACUUGGGAUGAAUGGUGUCUGGUCAGGCACAUAUGUAUGCAUGUAUUAUGACAAAUGUUUUGGACAGAUUUUGUGGAAUACUUGGCAAUGCCGACCUGGUAUGGCAUAGAUUUCAGUUUGUGAAAUGGUGUGCAUGAAUGAACAAGUUUGUUAAACAGUUGGUUCAUAUAAAAAAAUCCAGUUACCCAUAACAUUAUUCCUGUGUGAUGACUGCUGCAGACUGGUAACCACAAAGAUUUGUCCUGAAUGAUGACUGUAACAGACUGGUGACCAGUAGUGUCAGUCCUGAGUGAUGACAGUUACAGACUGGUGACCAGUAGGGUUAGUCCUGAGUGAUGACUGUUACAGACUCGUAACCAGUAGGGUUAGUCCUGAGUGAUGACUGUUACAGACUGGUGACCACAAGGGUCAGUCCUGAGUGAUAACUGUUACAGACUGGUGACCAGUAGGGUUAGUCCUUAGUGAUGACUGUUACAGUCUGGUGACCAGUAGGUUUAGUCCUGAAUGAUGACUGUUACAGACUGGUGACCACAAGGGUCAGUCCUGAGUGAUGACUGUUACAGACGGGUAACCAGUAGGGUUAGUCCUGAGUGAUGACUGUUACAGACUGGUGACCAGUAGGGUCAGUCCUGAGUGAUGACUGUUACAGACAUGUAACCAGUAGGGUUAGUCCUGAGUGAUGACUGUUACAGACUGGUGACCAUUAGGGUUAGUCCUAAGUGAUGACUGUUACAGACUCGUAACCAGUAGGGUAAGUCCUUAGUGAUGACUGUUACAGACUGGUGACCAGUAGGGUUAGUCCUGAAUGAUGACUGUUACAGACUGGUGACCAGUAGGGUCAGUCCUGAGUGAUGACUGUUACAGACUGGUGACCACUAGGGUUAGUCCUGAGUGAUGACUGUUACAGAAAGGUAGCCUGUAUUGUAAGUAAGUUUAAUCCUGACUGAUAACUGCUCCAUCUUUCUUAAGAUAUAUGCAAUAGUGGUGUGUUUUUGCUUUCAAUAAUUAACUCUAACAGCCAACAGUAAAAGAAUGUUAAUCCAUUACAUAUUUUUCAUGAAGCCUACAACAGUGUUUUUCAAAAAAAAAAAAAAAAAAAAAAUCAAUAAAUGUAAUAAUCGAGAUAGACUUCAGUACACAUUAAAAGUGGCUAAUUUCUGGUACAUCAGGAUUGUGGGACAAAAUCAGUGAAAAUAUUAACCCCACAGAAAUUAAUGAUUUUACAAUCAAGUAUGAAAUUUUAUAAAUGGAUGUUUGUCACUUUUUGGUUGUUAGGUUGUAUAAAGGGUUUACUAUAUAAUUGUAUAUAAUUGUACUACAUAUUCUUCAACUGAUGCACAAAUUGACAUACAAGUAUGAACUGGGUGUUUUUUCCAUUUCAAAAUUAUGAGAAUUUAGAAUUUUUUUCCUGGGGGAGUUAGUAAAGAAAAAAAUCUUUGACAUGCCAAAGUUAAGAUGUGUUUUAACAGAAUGGCUCAUUGAAGCACACUUUUAUUUUUUGUUGAAUUAAAAUCUUGUUAAUUUAUGUUCUGUGCACACACCAUUAAUGACAAAACCUUCUUAACUUAUUUGUGAUCAUAUGAAUACAUAUUACACUCAACUUGCAUGUUUGAUAUUGAAUAUAAAAAUUGCUGAAUUGCCAUUGCUACCAUAUUUCACCGAAGUAUUCCAUACAUGGAAAAAUAGCACAGAAUAUAAGUAAUGAUAGUUUUAAGGUGCUUAGAGCAUUAAUUAACAAAAUGCUUAAAAUUUUAAAAGAUACUUUAAACUCUUUACAGGUUUGAAUUACAUUAAACCCACUUAACAUGUAAAAUCAACAUAAGUUUUGUUGAUAUAAUCUUCAUGAAAGGUCAUUAUUACGAUGAUUGAAAAAAGAAAAUUAAAUUUUUGUGAAUAUUUAGUUUAUAUGCAAUGUAAGUCAUCCAUCUGUUGUUGGAAAACCUAUACACUAUGGACCAAUUAAUAGUAUUGAAUCUCAGUGAGUAAAUGUUGUUAUUAGCAAUCAUUAAGAUUAAAAACACUUAAGGAGAUAUGCUACCUCACACAUUCCUCAAAGAAUGUUGUAAGAGUUACGAGGUUAACACUUUCGAUAUACAUGUAGUAACAUGAAUGUUAUCAGUGUACAUACUUUGUUUACCAGUUAAUGGUGUCAUCAGCUGGUUCACAUAAUCCAAAUUACCAUAAAAAAGGUAAUGUCCUGUUCCUUAUGUGAAAUGUUUUGUAAAAGAGAUACAUAUAUAGUAAAGGUAGCAUACAUCCUUAAUUAUUAUUAACAAGACAAGAGUAGAAUUCUGCUGACUGGAAACAUCCUCUAUUAUGUCUGACAAUUUUGUGUUGAUUCAGUAUUCUUUGUUUUGAUAGGAAUACAGAAAAACACGCUUGUUAUUUUCUCAUAAAAUGUAUUGUACCAUUGGAUUUUAUUCCUAUAAGGCAAAAAAACAGAGUAAAUUUUUUGUGAACUGCCAAAUUAGUUGUUGCUAUUUCUAACUUGGACAUGUUGACAUACCACAUCCACAUAUUGCUAUACACAAUGUACAUGUUUAGAAAAGAAAACAAAUAGUCAUGAAAAGGUGUUUUUGAUGAAAGUUUAAAAUUUGAAAGAUUCAGGUUUUGUUAUUUUAGGCAGUUGAAUAGUCAAUUUUUUGCAUGUUUUCUUUUGCCUAUAUAUGAAGCUAUACAAUUAUUUUCUUAUAUUUAAAUUUUCAAUAUCAGCAUGAAAACUUGUGUAAAUUGUAUUGUUGUGUAGAUGACUAUUGAAAUAAAUUUUGAUUGUCCCGGUUCCUAAAAAAGCAAAAAAAAAAAAAAAAAAAAAGUAAUAAACACAAAUAAGCACGUCAAAAGAUUAUGACAAGUUUUAUCUCAAAAUUUUGGAAAAAAAAACUAAUGAUAAAAGUUUUAUUUUCACACAAUUGCACACUACUAUGUAAUCUAAAAUUCCAAAUUUCUAAACUAUCUGAAUUAUACAUAUUAUACUCUACUGUAAACCUUAUUUCCCUAAAUAUUAUUUGUUUACAGGACAUAUAUUAAGUUCUUUAGCUGUCUGAUUGUUGAUGUAGCAGUAGAUUAUAAAAAGAAUGCUUGAUAUGUUUUAUGCAAUACUUUUCACCGUUGGGAUAAAUUUAUAUAAUGGUUCAAAGUACCAAUAAGAGUUGUACGGCAUCAAAUACUAAUCAAGUUCAAGGUCAUGUUAUUAUGUCAAGUAUUUGCCUAGUUCCAGGUCAUGUUUUGUAAGAACUACUGGUCACAGCAAGGAGUUUUGGUAGAGUACUGGUCAAGGGUCGAAGUAAGGACUUUGUGUAUAGUACUUGUUUAAGGUCAAAGUAAGGACUUUGUGUGGAGUGCUUGUUUAAGGUCAAAGUAAGGACUUUGUGUGGAGUACUUGUCAAGAAUCAAAAUAAGGACUAAUCAUGACAUGCUGACUAAAGGACUUACAGAGAGGAACUGAUAAAGGUCUAAAUUAGGAUUUGAUUGAGGCUCAGGUUAGAACUUACUGAGAUGUACAAGACAAGCUUCAGAUAAUGACAUUGUGGAAAUAACUAACCAGGAUUCAAGUCCUGACCUUGAGCUGAAUUUUUGCCUAUGCAUGAUUAGCAUGAUUUUACAACAAUUACCACAUACUGAAGACAUAACAUUAUUUAGGGUGAUCUUGGUCUAGAACUUUGAUGUAGCCUGAAGAUUGGUACCAGAAUCUUUUUUUUAAUUCCGUUUUUUAAUUAGAGUAUCAUUGUGAAUAAUCAGUUUCUACAAUAUUUAUAAGUGUAGCUAUUAUCCAUUUUAGAGCAUAUCUGCACCACAAUUUGAUGCUUUUUGAUCUGUUGACUUCCUAUUGUAUUGUGUCACUUCCUAAACCAUAUGAACGCUGAUCAUUAUAUUUCUUGCCAACUACUCAAAUUUCUUUCCACAAACAGCAGGAUCCAUUGUUACAUUACACAUCUAUAUAUUUCUUUAAAUAUCCAUGUUUUCUUCUAUUCUUGCCCUUUCUGUGCUUCAUUACAAUAGUAGAAUUAGGAAAAUCAAUUUCUGACUGAGAUAUCACCAUUUAUGGUUUAUGAGAAUAUUUUGGAUAUAACGUAAUAACCAAAACAUCAAUAUGAGUAUUUUUGUGGAUUUUUUUUUUUCAGAUUUAAAUGUAGAGACUACAGAUUAUACAAAAAAUUCUAAAAUUGUUUCAAUUUUUCAAGAAACAAACUUUAAAAAUUUUCUUUGUGUUAUUUAUGGUGGGAACUCUGGGUUUAUUGUAGGAUAAGUAUAGUAAUAUUUCAGUAAUUUUACUAAACUAACAGUUGAAAGAUAAACUGUCAUUUGACCAUUGUAAUACACAGGGACCUGAGAAUUUGUUACAGGUGAAUAUGGAUCUACCCUUGUCUGUUUAUUAAGUUUAGAGGUUUUUGUGGAUUAGAUUUGUAUUCCAUAAAAAUGACACCCAUGUUUUUUAACACUAAAGAGUGAUAUUUCUUCACAGAAUACUGAUCUUACCCAACAAAGCCUCUAGAAACCAUUAAAACAGAUUAGGGUGGGUACAUAUUCACUUGUACUGUAACAUGUAGCAAAUUCAUAGGUCCCUAUGUAACAAUAUAAUAAGUUUUACUAUAUAGGUCUUUUAAAACCUAUUUCUCUCUAUGUAAUCCACACUGGUUAUGUAAUAUGCAGUGCUAUACAUGCAGUAUCUCUAAUAAUGUACAACGUGUUGGCUAUACCGGUCAUCAACCUGUUGUGUACCUCUUGUUUUUGCUGUAUAAGUUGAUGGCAUGUUUUCUGUCUCUUUGGAAUAGCUGACCUGUAUGUAAAGUCUGGGAUUACAAAUGUACAGAUAUAAAAUGUCAUAUGUAUGGAAUUGGAAGGGUUAAUAAAUAGGAGAGAAAACUG